AUGUGGGAUCUUCCCGGACCGGGGCACGAGCCCAUCCCCUGCAUCGGCAGGCGGACUCUCAACCACUGCGCCACCAGGGAAGCCCUACAAAUCUAAACUUUUAACAAUAAUUAUUCCAACCACCUCUGCGCCCAACAUCACUCUCCUCCACUCUCCAUGCCUCCUUUCCUUUAUCCUUCAUCCAGUGGAGCUAUUGAGUGUUUUUGCUUCACAUGAAUCCCAGAGAAAUAGGUGUCAAGGAAUAGUCCUAAUAUAUAAGAAAAAUAAGACCUGACAAAUGAACAAAGGACUUGAACUAAAGGAGAAAUACUAGUAACACACAAAUAUGAGAAAAGUUAACUUAAAAGUUAAUCAAGUAAUUGCAAAGGAAGUAAGAGAUCACAAACACUUAAAAUAUCACAUUACCCGGUAUUGGGGAGGCUGUGAUGAAACAGGCACUUAACACUGCUGCAGGGUAUAAGGCACAGCAUUUCUGGAAAGCCGUUUGAUAAGAUGUAGCAAGUAUUCAUGCUCCUAAGCUGGGAAUUACAUUUCCAGGAAUUUACCAUACAUAAUAAUAAAAAAUUGAGACACAGGUUGAGGUAUGGAGGUAUUCAUCAUAGUAUUACUUAUAAUACAAAAGGCUGGAUGCAACUUAAACGAUCAGUAGUAGGGGAAUGGAUAAAUAACAUGUUGGGAUAUAAUAGAUUAAAAUUUUAAGGAGAUUUUAACAUGUUAGGGAAAAUAUUUGUGAUAAAAUGUCGUUAGAAAAAAUAUAAAAUUGAAUAUACAGUAUUUCAAUUUUAAAAUUUUAUAUGUAAUAUACAUAGAAAAAAAGAUGGAAGGAAACAUGCCAGCAUGGUAGCUCUAUGUGGCAGAAUGCUAAUGACUAUUAUGUUUCGCUUCAUACUUUUUGAUAUUUUCAUAAUUUUGGGUUGGGGUGGGGAGACUUCCCUGGUGGUCCAUUGGUUAAGACUUCGCCUUCCAGUGCAGGGGGUGUGGGUUCAACCCCUGGUCGGGGAGCUAAGAUCUCACAUGCCUUGUGGCCAAAAAACAGAACAUAAAACAGAAGCAAUAUUGUAACAAACGGUCCACGUUUAAAAAAAAAAAUCGUAAAAACAAAAAAUUAAGAAAGGGAAUUCCCUGGUGGUCCAGUGGUUGGGACUCCAUGCUUUCACUGCUGAGGGCCCUGGUUCAAUCCCUGUUCGGGGAACUAGGAUCCCACAGGCCGCGUGUCAUGGCCAAGAAAAAAAAAUUUUGUAAGAAAAAGUAAGUAGUAAUUAAUGUGUUGUUAAUUUAUUUUCUGAAAUUCCUGUUUUACUUUGCUAAUUUUACUUUUUAUUUUUCAUUUGAUCUAUUACCAAAUAUUGUUUCCACUAAAUAGAAUUAUUUUAUAAACUUUAGCAGGUAAGAGAUGUACUGAAUGCUCGUAUUUUAUCCACUUUUGGACUUUCACUUAAAAAGUACAAAAGAUGGGAUGGAUAAAUGUUUCUUAAUGGACUCUAUUGGAAUUAUAGUGGUACAACAAAAUAGAAUACUCUUCUGGUAGAAAUAAAAAUAAAACUUGAUGAGACAUUGACUUAAGCUAAGCUUUGGCCAGAUGCUUAAUAUGGUUUUGUAUUUAAUUUUAAAUUUAGUGGGACAUUGAGAGAACCAGGAAAUGUUGUAGAAGUAAACUAAAAAAAUUAUAAUUAUUAAAAAGAUGUAACAAAGUAAACUAUUGCCAGGAUUAUUCAAGUCGGAGACAAAUUGGCUCCAGAGCCUUUUGAUACCCUGUAUGUCUGUGAAGGACUCUGUAGGUAGUGUGAGCUCAUUUUUCCCUGGCCCCACAGAAGACACCUGAAGCAAAAAAUGGAACAGAGUUCCAACUUGGUAUCCAUGGGACAAGUGAUCGAGAGCCCAUCUGGGUCAUGCCUGUGACGACCGACUCUGUUAGCAUGUGUGUGAAUUUUGUAAAUAACAGAGGCAAAAUGGCAAGAGUAGAGAAUUUUUAUUUCUCUUUUUUCAUCCACUUUAUCUUCUCCACAGUAUCUAUAGAAUGCAAAAGAUGUAUGUGCCUCUUUUGUGGGUAUGUUGGCAAAGUUACACAUAGUGUUUGGAAAUUACUAAAUCACAAUAUAAGAUAUAAGAAUGAGGAUUAAAAAAUUUGUGGUUUAUUCACAUAAUGAAUACUACUCGGCAAUAAGAAGGAAUAAACUAAUGAUACACACAACAAUAUGGAAGUAUCUCAAAAACAUUCUUGUGAAAUGAUUACACAAAUGAGUACAUACUUUCUGGAGUAAUGGUAAUUUUCUGUACGUUGAUAGGGGUUUGGAUUACAAGGGUGUAUGCAUUUGCCAAAACUCAGCAAGUGUAUACUUAAGAUUUGUGCAUUUCAUUUGUAUGUAAAUUUUACACCAAAUAUUGAACUCUAGUUAGUGAUACCCAUGGUCUAUUAAGGGGAAAUAUAUUGAUGAUUGUAGUUUACUUUGAAAUACAUAAAACAUAAGAUGAAUUGAUGAAUAGAUGUGUCAUAAAAGUAUAGUAAAAUGUUAAUGGUAGAAUCUAGGUGGUGGGUAUUUGGACGUUCACUAUAAAGUUCUUUCAACUUUAUUGUAUAUUUAAAAGUAUUCAUUAUAAAAUAUUGGGAAAAAAGAAUUAAAAUUUUAUUUCCUAAGGUUAUAUGGUAUUUAACAAGAUGAUAUUUUAAACAGUCUCCAUUUAUUGUAGGUUGAUGAUUUGCUUUCUGAGAGUCGAUUGAAAGGAGCUCUAGAAGCCAGUAAAAGACGAGAUAUUUACCAAAGAUGUAUCCAAUUAAAACAGGCAAUAGAUGAAAAUAAAAAUACUCUUCAAAAAUUAAGCAAAACUUAUAUUCUCUCAUAGGCUGAUGAACCUGCCCCUGUUGGGAGUUACAAUCAGAAGAAAGAGGAGGAACACAAUCUUUUGGAUAAGCUUACCCACCAACUGCAGGAACUUGCUGUGUCCAUAAGUAGAGAAAAUGUCACUGAGUGACCCUUGUCAAAGAAUUAUUUUUUGCAGAACUGGGGCGCUUACUGAAGGAGAGGACGAUGACAGUUCUGCUGAAGAAGAUGAAGAAGAAGAAGAAGAAGAAGAAGAAGAUGAAGAGGCCGCAAGUGGAGAAUACGUUGCUAUUGGAGAUUUUACGGCUCAGCAAGUCGGAGACCUUACAUUUAAGAAAGGGGAAAUUCUCCUUAUAAUUGAAAAAAACCCUGAUGGUUGGUGGAUGGCUAAGAAUGCCAAAGGAAACAAAGGUCUUAUUCCCAGAACGUACUUGGAGCCCUAUAAUAAAGAAGAAGGCCCGGAGUCUAGUGAAGAAGGCAGUGAAGAAGAUGUAGAGGUAGGGGAUGAAACGGCAGAAGGAACAGAAGUUAAACAAAGAACCGAUUCUCAUUGGAGUGCUGUCCGAAAAGCCAUCUCAGAGCAGAUUAACACCGUUGACGUACUGACCACGAUGGGAGCUAUUCCUGCCGGGUUCAGGCCUUCCACCCUCUUCCAGCUUCUGGAGGAAGGGAAUCAAUUUCGAGCAAGUUACUUCUUACAACCAGAGCUCACUACUUCACAACUGGCCUUCAAAGAUCUAAUGUGGGAUGCUAAAACGGGCUCUAUUAAGUCAAGACCAAGUCGUGUUUCCUUGAUUCUGACCCUCUGGAGCUGUAAGAUGAUUCCUCUUCCAGGAGUGAGCAUCCAGGUUCUGAGCAGACACGUGCGCUUCUGUCUGUUUGACGGCAAUAAGGUUCUGAGCAACAUUCAUACAGUCAGGGCCACAUGGCAACCUAAGAAACCCAAAACAUGGACCUUUUCUCCCCAGGUUACUGGCAUCUUGCCCUGCUUGCUUGAUGGUGACUGUUUCAUCAGGUCCAAUUCUUCUUCUCCAGAUCUUGGAAUAUUAUUUGAACUUGGAAUUUCUUAUAUUCACAAUUCAACUGGUGAGAGAGGAGAAUUAAGUUGUGGCUGGGUGUUUCUUAAACUUUUUGAUGCCAGUGGAAUUCCUAUUCCAGCAAAAACUUAUGAACUCUUCUUGAAUGGAGGUACCCCUUAUGAAAAAGGUGUUGAAGUGGACCCUUCAGUAUCCAGAAGAGCACAUGGUAGUGUUUUCCAUCAGAUGAUGACAGUGAGAAGGCAGCCUCAGCUUCUAGUAAAACUGAGAUCUUUGAACAGAAGAUCAAGGAACAUGCUAAGUCUACUGCCGGAAACAUUAAUUGGAAGUAUGUGCUCCGUUCAUUUGUUGAUAUUUUAUCGCCAGAUUCUUGGUGACGUGCUCCUGAAAGACAGGAUGAGCAUGCACAGUGCUGAUUUAAUUAGUAAUCCAGUGCUGGCCACCUUCCCCAAGCUCCUGGAGCAGCCCGACCUGAUGGAUGCGCUCAGGAGUUCCUGGGCUGAGAAAGAGAGUACCUUAAAAAGAUCAGAGAAGGCAACGUCCUCUGAUGGGUGUGUCGGGCAGGAGGUGAUAUUUGAAGGGCUGCGGGCACGGGCUGUGGAGCCAGGGCGCCAGGCAGUGGGUGAGAGCAUGGCCUCCCGCGACCCACCUCCCACCAGCUACACCCAGCCCGAAGUACCCUCGAGGAUCGCGCUGUUCCUCACCAUCCCCUACGCCUUCUUCUUGCCCGAGCUGAUAUUUGGGUGCUGGGUCUGGAUCCUGGUGGCCGCCACCCAGGUAGCAAACCCACUGCUACAAGGAUGGGUGAUGUACGUCUCACUCACCUCAUUCCUCAUCUCCCUGAUGUUCCUCUUGUCUUAUGUGUUCGGAUUUUACAAAAGAUUCGAGUCCUGGAAAAUCCUGGACAGCCUGUACCACGGGACCACUGGCAUCCUGUACAUGAGUGCCGCCGUCUUACAAGUACAUGCCACGAUCGUGUCUGAGACCCAGGACCUGAAAAACUACUACAUAAACACUGCAGCCUCGUUAUUUGCCUUCAUCACCUCCCUGCUCUACAUCCUCCACGCCUUCAGCAUCUAUUACCACUGAAGAAGCAGGGAGCUGGGCCGGCAUGGGAAAUGCUCUUCUAAAGCCUGGAGUAUCAGCUCCCCAAAGAGGUUUUCAACAUGUGCCAUCUGCGUGAUAAACAGAAGCUCAACGAUGACAUCACUGGAUCAACAGACCAUCUUUUCAGAACGAGUGAUGAAAUCGCAUGCUGGGCAGAUCUGUUCGGACAUUUUAAUUCAUUGUAAUGAAUAUGAAAAAGCUGGGAGGAGGGCUUUGUUGUUUUGUUUUGUUUUGUUUUGUUUUGCCUGGGAAAGUAACUGUCUCUUGGAAUUAUCUGACAAUGAACCUCGCUCUUCUAGAAAACUAACAUCUGUAAGCCCUCACUACUGAAAAUUCCAGGUCUACCAUCAUCAGGCCUGUUUGGGCCUCAGCAACGAGAUUCCCCACAGCAGGUCUAUGGGAACCUUCAUAAUUUUCUUAAAAUCGAAAUGGUGCUGUCAACGCUUUCAGAUCUGAAGACCCAUAGACCUUGUUCCUGUCCCGUGGUCCUGUCUCUGCUUCUCAGCAGUGGUCCAAACCCACUGCCCCCUCCCACGCUGCCCGACCCCCAUUCACAUGCCCUCCCCUUUCCUCCCCAGCUUUGGGAGCCAAGGGAAAUCUGUGUAAAAUCAGCUUUGAGGGUAGAUUUGUGGGGGAAAUAAGCGAUUGGUUCUAGAAAAUUUUUACACAGCAAGACCUGGGGGAGGGGAGGAGCGGUCAGGGAGGGAAGGGUGUAACCCGCUUCUCUGUAACUGUAAGUCAGGCCGCUCUGCUCAGAGAACUGCAGGGCUGCAGGACGCCUGGGUCAGGCCUCCGGACCCCACCCCCUAAGGACUGGGAGUCACCCUGUCCCUCAGAAAAGACCAUCAAGGAAGCCGGCAGGACGUUACAUGCCAGGAUUCUCCUCUGGGCUCCUGUCACACGUGGGACACCGAUGAGGCCGGAAAGGACCCAUCCCAGGGUUCCUACUGUUUCCCAUGCAUCCCUGAGUGGUCCAGCUGGGAGGGGCCUGGAACCACCCAGCCAGCCUCCUGCAGUGAAGGGCUCCCAGGGGCCAGGACAUGCAAAUGCAUUUGCACUUCGGGGCCAUUCUCAAAGAAAAGGCACAGAGAAGUGUACAAUCGAGGUGCUGGAUUCCCAAGUAAAUGUUUUUCAAAAGUAGGCGUGCCAUCUGGCGUUUCUGUCCCUGUGCUGGGGUUCCAGCUGCUUGGCCUCAAUCUCUAACGUUGAGUCAGGGCUCAGCCCCUUAACUGCGU